AUGUCCCAACCAACUCUGCUAAUCUGGGAUUUGGAUGUAUUCUCCGAAUGUUACAAUUUCAUUCGAUUUCAAAGCUCCGUUCCGGCAGAUCUUGAAAACUGGAUCGGAAAUGAUCUCAGACGUCUUGUUGAUUUACCUCCAAGGAAUGACAAAAGCAGAAGCGCCUUAGCAGCCGGAGAAUCGGGCAAACCAGUGGCAUUUCAUAGUGGUGAGGAAUACAAACUCAACAAGCCAUUCAUCGCCAAUGCAAGCGCCAUCUCCACCGAGUUGGCCUUGGAUGAACUUUCGGCAGCAGAAUUGCUUCAAAAUGCAUCAUCUACAACGUCUGCCAAGGGUACGGACUUGAUGGAUUCCGGAAGACUUGUAUACUUCCAGCGAAUUGACUACAUUUUGAACAUCGUGGGCUACUUGGUGGGCGAGAAAAAGUUACAGCUUCUAUAUCCUCUGGGUGAGCCGGCAACUCAGCUUCUCAGCUCGCUUCUCGCGAGCUUCAAGAAGGUUUACGAGCUACUUCGCAUCCAAAAUGAUCUAAUUGAUAAGCAAAAAGUCACCAGUGAUAUCAAUGAUUUGCAGUUUGUUACGGCAGUAAAGUUCGUCAAGAAUAAGCUCUUUGACACCCAUACGCUCUUAAGUGAGGUUAUGUAUACCCUCAUGGACAACUAUAUCGAAGUGUUGGGCACUUGGGAGUCUUAUCUGUCCAUUGUUGCACACGUGAGCGAAAAUAUCACCGACGACGCGGACGUGCUAGUCUUGCAUUACCUUCCUACUCUUUUGAGGGUCGCCAGCAGUCCAAAAGACCUUUCUGAUAGCCAAGUGGUCAAGUUCCAUGAAAAUUUUGUGCGUAUUUUGACGGCAGACUACGCAAAGGUCAGUGGAAAUGGCGAUGAGAUCGAUUUGUCAACAACUUCUAUAAGAAUGUACUUGCUAGUGGUCAAGCUAAUGUUCUUCAUUGCAUUUAUUCCUUGGUGCAAGGAGCAUGAUACACGUACACAGAAAUUCGACUUCGAAAAGGACAUAUUGAAGUAUGUCGAGUGGCUCAUCAGCUACGGCACAUUGGAACAAGUGCUUUCCUACACAGCAGAGACUGCCCGGCCAGAAGCAAAGGCUCUUUACGAACAAGAUAGGCUCUACAAUUUCAGACCGCUCCUUCAAAAGACUUUCCCUACGUUGAAACCAUUGAAGUUCAUAUAUCCUGGUACUGAGGAGUUGCUAGGUCUUGUCAAGCAAAGACCAGAACUUUCCAACGUGACCACUUUAUGUUCCUACCAGACAUUCACGCUAUCUACCAGCUUCUGCGACUCAUGGCUAGCUCCAUUUUUUCACAAAUUCAUCAGCAACUUCAUUAGCCAUGCAGCAAUUGUUCUCACUCUGUUGCGCGACAGUGAAGAAGACUUUUUGUUAUCUUCAGCUAACAGGAAACAACUCGAGGAGGCACCAGCCUCUACUGCUCGAAAUGGCUCUAUAUCGGGUGGUGAAUUUGACAUCUUUAUCCUUUCCACCAAGACUCUGGCUGGAGAACUCUCCAAAUCUACUGGUGAUGGCGGCAAAGAAGGCUUGAAUCUCGAUGAAAUCGCCUCUCGUGCAGAGUUGGAGAGAUUCUACAUGUCUUGUGCCUACACAUACACCCAUAGACAAAGUCUUUGCAAGGAAUUUUGGGAGGCCGAGGACUCCAAUAUUGUCGGAUUUAUUGGCUGGGGAAUCUCCAAUAAUACAUCUCCAUUGAUCACUGCAACCUUCUGUUUGCUUUUAGGAAGUUUGACUUAUGGGGGAGAAAUUGCCAGUGCUAAGGUCUGGGACAUCUUGGUCAAUGCACAAAGUGGAAGCAUUAAGAGAAAUGACUACUCAAAGAUUUCCAUUGAUUCAAUCAUAAACUCUUUGACAUACUACAUCGAUGCAUUAACGGAAAAUUUAGAACACGAUUUGAGUCUUCAUAUGAAAAACCAACAGAAGAAGCAAGAAUUCUUGUUUUCUAGCUCUUCGUUGAGCAAGUCAGAUGCGGAGAACUCUGGACCACUUUUGAUCCAAUUAUCUGAAGACUCAAUUGUGUUCAUGUCUGGAUUCUUCAUGCUCGUGGCAUCUAUUGUUGAGAAUGCAAACGGAAAUGGCACAAUAUCCAAAAACCUCAGACUGGCUGCCUUCGCCCGUUUCCUGCCGAUCAUCACCAGCUUCCUUAAGUUUGACAACUUGAUCAUUUCUGCGAAGAGCCUACAGAGUGAUAAUAAAAGCUCGCCUGUUGUCUUUGACACCGCUAACAGAACCAUCACACUCAACUUGACUCUCAACCUCUUAUCCACUUUUGCAUCUGAUACAGAAAACUUGGACAUCAGAUACAAGAUUUGGGUCAUAGUGGAUCGUUGGCUAUGCUACAAUAUCAACGAAAAUGAUACUAAUACCUCGACUACUUCCGAACCAACACGCUACACUGGUGUUUCAUUGUCUAGUAACCCACCCAAUACGGUCAAAUCCGAGUUGACAAAGCUUAAACUGCUUCACCGUGGUAUUAGCUUAAAGCAGAGUUUCCUGAUCACUUUGACUAAUCUUUCAGAGGUGUUCAACUUUGUUCAACUCAUUCAAAAGCUUCUUUCUGCUUUGAAUGAAGAUGAAGUUGCCAUCAAGUCCAUAAAACUCUUAUACCCGGCCAAUCUUGGUGCAGGUUAUCGCCACAAGAAUCAGAUUGGUAUUUGGCCAUACAUUGAAUUCCUUUUGAUUGAGGUUUUCGGACACACUAAGGACUUGAAGAAGACAAGUAGCAGACACUCCUUCCAAGCCAUAUUGUUGGACAUCAUCCACAACUCAUUAGCAGAGAUUGAUUGGCAGUUUUUGAACGAUGUUGCUCCAAGCAUUAUGGUUGACCUUGCUAAACAAAAUGGAGUUUUUGCAUCUUCAGAAUUAGUUUCUGGUGAGAUAGUUGCAUUGUCUUAUGAGACGUUCUUGAAGUUGCACCAUGCCCCCGCAAUCCUAAACUACUUGUUUGACGAUAGGGCCAGCAAUGUGCUUUUUGACAUCAUCAAUAUCGGAAGUGAAGCAAUCGCCAGCGACGAAAUCACCACGACACUUGUCGACAUGGCAUUGAAGUCCUUUGAUCAAGUCUUGAAUGCUCAGGAUGCAUUCACAGGAAAGAUCCUUCCGCUAUUGAAGAAUGCUGAUACAGUUCCUGGUUCGGAAGUCAAUGUACCUAUGGGAUACGGUACAGCUUUGAGUUUGACUAUUUCUGCCCCUAAAUCGACUUUUGAUAACAUUUACUAUCCAGCAAGUUUGGGCACUAAUGGAGUUAGUGACUUCUAUGAAGUCUUAUCUUUCCACAUUCUCAGCACUGCUCAUUUUGCUUUGUACGUGGGAAAUGAGAGUUCCUCAAUUGUUGAAUCGUCGUUGAGUAUUUUGGCCAAGAUUGCUAAAUCUCCGUUGUUUGUGCAACGUGGAUUCGGAGGGACUAACCAUUUGUUGAAACGUAACCGUUUGUUGAGUAUUUUUGAGAAUAUUGAUGAGUCCUUGAGAAUUCAGUUUGGUUUUGUACAUCAAAUGGAGUCUCUAACAGACCUGCUUCAAACAAAAUACAGCAUAUUAAAGUUUUUGAUCGAGAAUUUGCCUACAUCAGCUGAACCAUCUGUUGCACACUUCCUUCUUGGAUACACUGUAAAGGCAGAUCGUUUAGAAAUAUCGAGUUAUGCCAACGGCGAGAGCGGAGUUUUGCUUCUGAGUUUAGUUGAGUUGUUGAUCUCAACCUUAGAUUUGAUUUCUGAAGUCGACUACAGCAAAGGUUUCAAGCAUCAUAUCGGAAUCGGCCCAGCCAAGUUGACUUCACUCAUCAUUCAAAUUAUUGUACAAUUGUGUCAGAACCCGGUUUCGUCUAAGAUUACGUUGCAGUUCUUGAGACAGUUCGACUUGUUUUCAAAGCUUUUAACGGUUCAAUUGAAAAUUGACGAUAUGACAGUCUGGCAGAACUACAAGUUCGAGGGAGACCUACAGGAUGGAGUCAAUAACAAAUUUGUCCAAGAUGAUUUGAGUUGCGAAACGUUCUUCAGCUUCAUCAACUACCGCAACUGCGUCCUUCAAUAUUUGUCGCUCGAACUUCAUGACAUCAAGUCGAUCACUAAGAGAGAGUACUAUGUUAAUCUUCUUCUUCAGAGUAACGAGUUCCUCAACGGCACACCCAAGGUUUUAAACUACUUGGAUGUGUUGAACUAUCAAUUCUACAAUGUGGAAGACUACAGACUUGACACGUUUGAGAAGAAGUACAACUUGCACAGCUUGGUUGUGGAGUUUGAGAAGGACAAGAACAUCGAGGGUGCAAACGUUCCUGUUUUCAAGAAAUUGAUUCGUUUGACUUGCCAACUUGCAGACAUCAACAUUCCUAGCGAUGAAACCAAGGCUGCACUUCGAAGAGAAAGCCAAGUUGAGGCAGACCGAAUCGCCGAGAUUCUCAACAAGUUGCUUGUUAUUAAUGAGCUCAAGACUCUCCACUUGAAGUCUUUGCACUCUUGGGUCCAAAUAAUUCAAGUUCUAACCAGCGAUGGUGUGGCCGACAAGUCAGACUUCAUUCUUAGGGUUUUGCAAAUGGUGCUUCCUAAAAUUAACAACGAGUACUAUGAACGAGACAUCCAGUUUGCCGAGGAGUUGAUGUCGUUGUGCGUGCUUCUUUUCGACUUGUAUGAGGAAGACAAUAACAUACCACAGCAAGACGGCACUGAAAAUAAUUUGCACCGUCUUCUUCCUCUCUUUAAGACAUGCGUCAAUGGAGUAAUGAGUCCCAAUUCCACACCUACAUUGAGGUCGGACUUGUACCUCUUACUCAAUAAGUUCUUGCGCCGAAGUAUCAAAGCCGAAACCAUUCUCCACAAUAUCUUGUCUAUCUUGAGAUCAAUUGACAAGAGGUUCAUCGACAUUGUGUGCAAAGACUCCAUCUACCUGGAAGGUGUGCCCCGCAUUACGUCUAUUCUUUUCAUGGAAUCAUUGAUCCACCUCUCGACCAUCGAGAACUCUUCUGCCAUCCUUGAUGUGUUGAUCAGUAACAACUCGCUCUCGUUGUUGGUAAGGUCAUUGAAGAGGACGGAUGAGAUCAUAGUCGCUUGCGGGGACUCGAGCGAUGCAAAGAAGGCUUCAGGCAUAAAUGUGGAGACACUUCUUUACGAGCUCACAGCAUUGAAGUCUACAUUGUAUGUUCUAAUACGCAUUGCUCAGACAAAGGUCGGAGCAUCGCAGCUUGUGCAGAAUGAAAUCUUCCCCAUCAUAAGACAAUUGAAGUUCUUGUCGAUCGACGCCGACCUCGGCUUGAAUCUCCAAAUUGAUACGUCCACCGAUCCACACACAAGCCAAAAGAGUGCCCAACUCAACCUUUCGCUUGAUGUUCCACUUGUUCUCCGGAACAACAUCAGUGCACCAUCGGGCGACUCCAUGAGAAUGGUUUCGUAUUACGAGUUUAUGGUGCCGACCUUCCAACUUGUUGCAACAGUGCUUCUUUCACUCGGACCUUCUUACACUCCAGGAAUCCUACAGGUAGAAGAGUUGAUGAGACAUUACCACCAAUUUGUGGUUGCUAUUAUGAAGAGAGAUGCAUUACUAGAAAAUGAGAAGCUUGGCAGCGAAGAGACCCUGGGAGUGUCCUUUGUGGGGCUCAAGCAGCUUGUGAGGUUACUUGCGUUGAUCGAUUCGCUCGUGGAAAUGCCACGCAACGAAACCUAA